AUGCCAAAGUUAGUUUUAGUAAGACACGGUCAAUCCGAAUGGAACGAAAAGAACUUAUUCACCGGUUGGGUUGAUGUCAGAUUAUCUGCCAUCGGUGAAAAAGAAGCUGCCAGAGCUGGUGAAUUAUUAAAGGAAAAGAACGUUAUGCCAGAUGUUUUAUACACUUCCAAAUUAUCCAGAGCUAUCCAAACCGCUAACAUUGCUUUAUCUAAGGCUGACAGAUUAUGGAUCCCAGUCAACAGAUCUUGGAGAUUAAACGAAAGACACUACGGUGCUUUACAAGGUAAGGACAAGGCUGCUACCUUAGAACAAUACGGUGAAGAAAAAUUCACCACCUGGAGAAGAUCUUACGAUGUUCCACCACCACCAAUUGAAGAUGACUCUGAAUUCUCUCAAAAGAACGAUGUCAGAUACAAGGACGUUGAUCCAAACGUUUUACCAGCUACUGAAUCUUUAGCUUUAGUCAUUGACAGAUUAUUACCAUACUGGCAAGAUGUUAUCUCUAAGGACUUAUUAGAAGGUAAGACUGUUAUGAUCGCUGCCCACGGUAACUCCUUAAGAGGUUUAGUCAAGCACUUAGAAGGUAUCUCUGAUGCUGACAUUGCCAAGUUAAACAUCCCAACUGGUAUUCCAUUAGUUUUCGAAUUAGACGAAAACUUAAAGCCAUCUAAGCCAUCUUACUACUUAGACCCAGAAGCUGCUGCUGCUGGUGCCGCUGCUGUCGCUGCUCAAGGUAAGAAGAAAUAA